GGCGGCGCGAGCGGAGGGAGGCGGGCUUUCCUCUGGACAAAGCUGUGGCUUACUCCAAGCUUCGAAACCCCUUUCUUAUCAAUGAUCUGGCCAUGCAGUAUUACAUCCAAGAUAGGAGGGAGGUGUACCGGAUCCUGCAGGAAGAGGGUAUUGAUCUGCCUCGAUAUGCUGUGCUCAGCCGUGAUCCUGCCCGGCCUGAGGAAUGCAACCUGAUAGAAGGUGAAGACCAAGUAGAGGUCAAUGGAGCUGUCUUUCCCAAGCCCUUUGUGGAAAAGCCAGUGAGUGCAGAAGACCACAAUGUUUACAUCUACUACCCCAGCUCAGCUGGAGGAGGAAGCCAGCGUCUCUUUCGUAAGAUUGGCAGCCGAAGCAGUGUUUACUCUCCUGAGAGCAGCGUCCGAAAGACGGGGUCGUACAUCUAUGAGGAGUUUAUGCCAACAGAUGGCACAGAUGUCAAGGUGUAUACAGUGGGGCCAGAUUAUGCCCAUGCUGAAGCUAGAAAAUCUCCAGCUUUGGAUGGGAAGGUUGAACGAGACAGUGAGGGGAAAGAGAUUCGAUAUCCAGUCAUGCUGACUGCCAUGGAAAAGCUGGUGGCCAGGAAAGUCUGCGUAGCUUUCAAGCAAACAGUUUGUGGAUUUGACCUUCUUCGUGCCAAUGGUCAUUCCUUUGUGUGUGAUGUCAAUGGCUUUAGUUUUGUCAAGAACUCGAUGAAAUACUACGAUGACUGUGCCAAGAUUCUGGGGAACACCAUAAUGCGGGAGCUUGCCCCACAGUUCCAGAUUCCAUGGUCCAUCCCCACGGAGGCUGAGGACAUUCCCAUUGUUCCCACCACAUCUGGCACUAUGAUGGAACUUCGUUGUGUCAUUGCAAUUAUUCGUCAUGGGGAUCGUACUCCCAAGCAGAAGAUGAAGAUGGAAGUGAAACACCCAAGGUUUUUUGCUCUGUUUGAAAAACAUGGUGGCUACAAGACAGGGAAAUUAAAACUCAAGCGACCUGAGCAGCUCCAGGAGGUGCUGGAUAUCACAAGGCUGUUGUUGGCUGAACUGGAGAAAGAACCAGGUGGUGAGAUCGAGGAGAAGACUGGAAAACUAGAGCAGCUGAAGUCUGUAUUGGAGAUGUAUGGUCACUUCUCAGGUAUAAACCGGAAGGUACAAUUGACUUACUACCCUCAUGGAGUAAAAGCUUCUAAUGAGGGGCAAGAUCCACAGAGGGAAACUCUGGCCCCAUCUCUGUUGCUGGUACUGAAGUGGGGUGGAGAACUGACUCCUGCUGGCCGUGUUCAGGCUGAGGAGCUGGGGCGAGCUUUUCGCUGCAUGUACCCUGGAGGACAGGGUGACUAUGCUGGCUUCCCUGGUUGUGGGCUGCUUCGUCUCCAUAGCACUUUCCGCCACGAUCUCAAGAUCUAUGCCUCUGAUGAGGGUCGUGUUCAGAUGACUGCUGCUGCCUUCGCCAAGGGCCUUCUGGCUCUAGAAGGGGAGCUGACACCCAUUUUGGUGCAAAUGGUGAAGAGUGCCAACAUGAAUGGGCUACUGGACAGCGAUGGGGAUUCCUUGAGCAGCUGCCAGCACCGGGUGAAGGCUCGGCUGCACCAUAUUCUACAGCAGGAUGCGCCCUUUGGCCCUGAGGACUACGAUGAGCUGGCUCCCACCAGAAGUACUUCCCUGCUCAACUCCAUGACUGUCAUCCAGAAUCCUGUGAAGGUCUGUGAUCAGGUAUUUGCCCUGAUCGAAAACCUCACCCACCAGAUCCGGGAACGAAUGCAGGACCCCAGGUCUGUAGACCUGCAGCUCUACCACAGUGAGACACUAGAGCUAAUGCUACAGCGUUGGAGCAAGCUGGAGCGUGACUUUCGACAGAAGAGUGGGCGCUAUGAUAUCAGUAAGAUCCCUGACAUCUAUGACUGUGUCAAGUAUGAUGUGCAGCACAAUGGGAGUCUGGGACUUCAAGGCACAGCAGAGUUGCUCCGUCUCUCUAAGGCACUGGCUGAUGUGGUCAUUCCCCAGGAGUACGGGAUCAGUCGGGAGGAGAAACUGGAAAUUGCUGUGGGCUUCUGUCUUCCACUGUUGCGGAAGAUACUACUUGACCUGCAGAGAACCCACGAGGAUGAGUCUGUCAACAAGCUGCAUCCCCUGUACUCCCGAGGCGUGCUCUCCCCAGGUCGCCACGUUCGAACGCGUCUCUAUUUCACCAGUGAAAGCCACGUCCACUCCCUGCUCAGUGUCUUCCGUUAUGGAGGACUUCUUGAUGAGACCCAGGAUGCACAAUGGCAGCGAGCUUUGGAUUAUCUUAGUGCCAUCUCAGAGCUUAACUACAUGACCCAGAUUGUCAUCAUGCUUUAUGAGGACAACACACAGGAUCCCUUAUCCGAGGAACGGUUCCAUGUGGAGCUACACUUCAGCCCUGGAGUGAAAGGUGUUGAGGAAGAAGGCAGUGCCCCAGCUGGCUGUGGAUUCCGUCCAGCCUCUUCUGAGAAUGAGGAGAUGAAAACCAGCGAAAGCAGUAUGGAGAACCUGUGUCCAGGAAAGGCAUCAGAUGAGCCAGACCGGGCAUUGCAGACUUCACCCCAGCCUCUUGAGGGCCCUGGCCUCCCGAGGAGAUCACCCCUCAUUCGUAACCGAAAAGCUGGUUCCACGGAGGUACUUUCUGAGACUUCAUCCUCGAGGCCUGGUGGCACCGGCUCUUUUCGUCUUCACGGCCACCCACAGAAAUGAAGCAGAGUGGCCUAGGCUCACAGUGCACAGGGCUGUUCAGCACCACAGUGCUGGGUGGCUCCUCCAGUGCCCCGAAUCUUCAGGACCUUGCCCGCCGCCAUGGUAAAAAGCUACCACCUGCCAGUCUGAAGCACCGAGAUGAGCUAUCUGCCGGUACUGAGAUGUAAGUGAUCAGCAGAAGGGAGAAACUGUACACCAUGUGACGGACAAAUUACCUGCCUCAAGAAAGCGCUUACGACCAUUCUGCAGCCACUCAGUGACCUUGGCUAGAAACCAAUGGCUGUGCGGCGUGAGGUAAGAUGAAAGGAAAUACCCUAGGGAUCCAGGACUUCUGUAUUUGGUGAAACGCCCGCUUCCACUACAAGGCUUUGGGAUGCCUAGUCUGUAGACUGGAGGAACAUUAAUACUGACUCACGCAGAAACGAUAUAGCUACAUAUUGAACUGGGGGAAGGGGUGGCAAAACCCUCUGCAAAUAGGAAGUGCCGCAAGAGCACCGAGACAAGGAUGAGGCCCUGUGUGAGCGCAGCCUUCGGGUUUUCGUUGGGCCGAUCAGCACCGACUCCCCGGCUCUCGGCGAGGCGCCUCCAGCUCCCGGGAAUGAGAAAUGUGCCCGCCGCAGCAGGGGCCCACAGGAAUGAAGGGCGCCGGCGCUGCGUAGGCCUAACAGUUCCCCGCGCUCUCGCCCCCGGCCCAGCCCGGCCCUUCUUCCCCCGCCUUGGCAGAGUGGCGUCAUCAGGGGGCGAGGAACUCGACGAGCAUGAGGCCCGCAGAGCCCGUGUCGGAGAUGCGACUCUCGAAGUUGUCGUCUGUGAGUUCUAGCACGUCGGAGGCAGCCGCGAGGCGGGCCGCAGCGAGAAGCAGCGCCACGCCCGGGAACAGCGCUAGGCGGCGGAGGCGCAUGGCGGCGAG